CUUAAUUUUACAUAAUCUUUUAUUAAUGAGCCAUCCAUCCAUUUUUUUCUACCUAUAAAAAGGCCACAGAAUCUCCUUGUCUCCAGAUGUAGAAAAGAAAUCUCAGCCACAAGUUAAUCAUGAAAACCCUUAUUGUACUUGCAAUCUUGAUCGGGGCUUGUACCGCCUGGAACUGGAAAAACCGGUGCUGGGGUAAAAAUUGCAAAUACGGAGGUGGAUAUGGUUAUGGCGGUGGAUAUGGCGGUGGUUACGGAGGUUAUGGGGGCGGAAUAGUAGUAGGAUUUCGUGGCGGCUACGGGGGCGGAUAUGGCGGUGGAUACGGCGGUGGUUAUGGUAGAUGGGGAAAGGGCUACCCAUGCUAUGGUAAAAACUGCGGAUAUUAUGGCGGUGGAUAUGGCGGCGGAUACAUUGGCGGCUAUGGUGGCGGUUACGGUGGCGGUUACGGCGGCGGAUACGGCGGCGGAUAUGGUGGCGGAUAUGGCGGCGGAUAUGGUGGCGGAUAUGGCGGCGGAUACGGUGGCUAUGGAAGAUGGGGAAAAGGAAGACCCUGCUGGGGUAAAAAGUGUGGAUACGGUGGUGGUUAUGGUGGUGGAUACGGAGGAGGAUAUGGAGGCGGAUAUGGAGGUGGAUACAGAUGGGGAAAAGGUUACCCAUGUUGGGGCAAAAACUGCGGAUAUAGAGGCGGCUACGGCGGCGGAUAUGGUUAUCGAUAUGGAAAGAAAUACUAAACUGAUCUCAAAAUAUUUGACUUCGGAUGGUGUUUCCAAAGGACUGGAUCGACUGACAAAAGUUACCUGUUGCAUAUUUGUUUUAUAUAUCCUUGUAAUAAAACGUAUUUGCAUUCAC